AUGAGAAUUGAUCAUGAGGGAAAGGAAGAUCGAGAGACUGACCUCACCGUAGAAGGUGGAGAGGAUCACGUGGGGGCUCAAGCUCGAUCCGUUGGAGAAAUCGGAGGGGAGAGUUCGAUCGGGAAUUCUACCUUUGGACGUGAUUGGAGGUACCGAUUCUUUCCUUACAGUUUCCCUCUCGCAUGGAAGACAGUCCUGGGCAUCGGCGGCGUCGCUCUUUGUCAGACUCUCCUAGCCGAAGUCGUCACCAUCAGCGAGGCUCUCGUGAAGAUGACAGGAGCUCCCGGCGACGAGACUAUGACCGCCGAAGCUCGCACCGGGAGGGUUCGCGACGCCGAGCUUCACGGAGCCCCUCAGAUACAAAACCAACUCGACACGGCUCCGAGCUCGCCUCCCGAGAGCGUCCCGAACGGUCCAGGGACGCGGUUGACGACCAUCACCGAGGUCACCGACAUCGCAGCCACCGACAUCGCGAUGAGCGGGAUCGCGAUCGCGAUCGCGGCUCCGAACGAUCAUCGAGAAGAUAUCGCAGCCCACGGCGACGAUCGCGCUCCCGAUCCCCACGUCGCUCCGAACCUUCAUCACGAGCUCUUCAACGGCGGGCCUGGCGACGCGGCUCCGCCUGAGAAGAUCAAGCCCAACUAUAAUCAGACGGGUCGACUUGCUGCUGAAAGCAACACGGUCCAAGUCCAGGGUGGAGAGAAGAUUAUUCUCAAAUACCACGAACCCCCCGAGGCCCGGAAGCCGCCCGCGAAGGAGGCCUGGCGACUUUACAUUUUUAAGGGAGAGGAUCUGCUUGAGGUGGUCGAGCUUGGUGGGCGGAGUUGCUGGCUGAUCGGCCGAGAGCACCAGGUGGUGGAUUUUCCUCUUGAGCACCCGAGUUGCUCGAAGCAACAUGCUGCAUUGCAAUUCCGCUACGUGGAAAAACGAAAUGAGUAUGGCGAUCGCAUAGGCAAGGUCAAGCCCUACUUGAUUGAUUUGGAAAGCGCAAACGGUACCCAUGUCAACGGCGAUGCCAUUCCGGCGGGUCGUUAUGUGGAGGUUAUGGACAAGGAUGUCAUCAAAUUCGGAUUGAGCACUCGCGAGUACGUUCUCAUGUUGCCAAGCUGA